CUCGCCCCGCGGCCCCGGGCCCCGGGGGCGGUGACCCCGGCGCGGCGGGGCGUGGCGGCCCGCCCGCUAUAGGCUGCGGCGCGGGGCGGGAGGGGGCGCGGCCUGGGCCUCUGCUGAGGCCGCAGCACGUGGGGUGCGAGAUCGCCAGAGGGAGUGGAUCUCCGGGCGGGUGGACUUUGCUAAUCUUGCCUCCCACCCCCAGGCCCGGGCAGAACGCAGGCUCGCAGCGCCGCCUCCAGCCCGGGAGUUUGGGAGGCGCUCAGCCAGCACUGCGCUCCGGGACCCGGACUAAGCCUGGGGGUCAAGCAGGCGUCUUUUCCAGAUUGGAGGGGCAGCCCUUGGCGCAGCUGUUGGGUUGUUCUAGUCUGCAGCUACUGAAGAGGGUGCUUGGUGCUUGGGACCGGAGCCAUGAAUUACGCGCGGUUCAUCACCGCGAAGAGCGCGGCCAGGCGGCCUUCUCCCAUCCGCGUCUACACUGAGCUACAGAACAGAGCACCGAAAUCUGUCAUCUCCUUGGCUACUGGAUCGCCAAAUCCAAACACGUUCCCCUUUAAGACUGCUACUAUCAACAUAGGCAACCAGAAGGCCAUCCAGUUUGAUGAACAGAUCAUGAAGAGAGCCCUUCAGUAUUCUGAAAGUGCUGGAAUACCAGAGCUGUUGUCCUGGCUAAAAAAGUUACAAGUAAAAUUGCAUAAUCCUCCCACCGUCCAUUAUCCAUCCAGUCAAGGACAAAUGGAUAUAUGUGUCACAUCUGGCAGCCAAGACGGUCUUUGUAAGGUGUUUGAAAUGAUCAUUAAUCGUGGAGAUAAUAUCCUCCUAAAUGAACCUGUUUAUUCAGGAACACUUCAAGCUCUGCGACCAAUGGGCUGCAACAUGAUUAAUGUUCCCAGUGAUGAAUAUGGGAUUAUUCCAGACUCCCUCAAAGAAAUACUUUCCAAAUGGAAACCAGAAGAUUCAAAGAACCCCGAGAAAAACACCCCCAAAUUUCUUUAUACUGUCCCAAAUGGCGACAACCCUACUGGAAACUCAUUAACAAGUAACCGCAAAAAUGAAAUCUAUGAGCUUGCAAGAAAAUAUGAUUUUCUCAUAAUAGAAGAUGAUCCUUACUAUUUUCUCCAGUUCAACAAGCCCUGGGCACCAACGUUUCUUUCCAUGGACGUUGAUGGGCGCGUCAUCAGAGCGGACUCUUUCUCCAAAGUUCUGUCCUCUGGGUUGAGAAUAGGGUUUAUAACUGGACCAAAACCCUUGAUAGAGAGAAUUGUUUUACACACACAAGUCUCAACAUUGCACACCAGUACUUUUACACAGCUCAUGGUAUCACAGCUUCUUCACCAGUGGGGAGAGGAGGGCUUCCUGGCUCACAUAGAGAGGGUUAUUGAUUACUAUAGGAAGCAAAAGGAUGCAUUACUGAAAGCUGCAGACAAGUGGUUAAGUGGUUUGGCAGAAUGGCAUGCUCCUACUGCUGGGAUGUUUGUAUGGUUUAAAAUUAAGGGCAUUUCUGAUGUAAAAAAACUGGUUGAAGAAAAAGCCAUUAAGAAAGAGAUAUUAAUGGUUCCUGGAAAUGCUUUCUACAUUGACAGCUCAGCUCCUAGUCCUUACUUUAGAGCAUCCUUCUCUUUGGCUUCUCCAGAACAAAUGGAUAUAGCCUUCCAGAGAUUAGCCGAACUUAUAAAAGAAUCUUUGUGAGGACAUCAAACUCUUCAUAGUACUCAUGGAUUUUUUAAA